AUGUCCGUACUAAGACCAUUGAGACUUUUGAUCCUUGGUGCGCCGGGAUCUGGUAAAGGAACCCAGACAUCUAAACUGUUGAAGGAAUUUGGUAGCAUCAAAGCCAUUUCUUCGGGAGAUCUACUUCGUAAACAGAUUGACCAGCACACACCUUUGGGGUCUAAGGCAUCGGAGUACAUUUCAAAGGGUCAAUUGCUUCCUGAUUCGUUAAUAAGUGGAGUUAUUUGCGACGAGUUGAAGACUCGGGAUUGGCUGUCUCCAGAAGCGUCUUGGUUGCUGGAUGGAUUUCCACGUACUGUUGGUCAGGCUUCGAUUUUGGACAAGGCAUUAUCUGAAUAUGAUGCAGGCUUGAACCUGGUUGUAGAGCUGGACGUUCCUCAUGAAGUCAUUUUGGAACGUAUCGAAAACCGCUACGUUCACAUUCCAAGUGGUAGAGUGUACAAUCUUCAGUACAACCCACCGAAGGUUCCCGGACUCGACGAUAUCACCAAGGAGCCAUUGACAAAGAGACCAGACGACACUGCCGAAGUUUUCAAGAAAAGACUGGAACAGUACACUGAAACAGUUGGUCCGCUAAAAGAACACUACAUGAAGCAGGGUAUUCUAUCUACGGUGUCAGGCAAAAGCUCUGACAUUAUCUACCCAAAAUUGGUAUCCUUGAUACUACAGAAAUUUGCCAAUUAA